UUACAUAUUAUGUUGGCUGGAAAGCAUGCACUGAAACAAAUUCUUUUGGUUACUUCCUCAAACAACCAACACAAUGAGGAAAAUGGAGGAAGUGUUCCAUGAACACCAUAAAAAGGAAACCUGAACAACCAAUGCAUAAACUUGAAGAAAGGACAACAUUAAAAAAACAAAACCAACAAAAGAAAACACCUCCCAAUAUAACCUGAGACACAUGAAAAGCAAACACGAGAGAGUGAGCGUUACUAAAUCUUCAAAGAGAUAGACAGUGCAUUUGAACUUCAUCAUGACUUACAAGGACUACUUCUUUGAAAUUGUGUUGGUGCUGCUGGCCUCAUCUACUAUCUUCUCCCUAGACCUGAAACUGGUUCCCUUCCAACAAAGAAGAAUGAACACAAGGAGUUUAAAACCCUGGAAUAAUUUACAAAAGUUGAGAAUCCAGCAAUGUCUACCACACAGGAAUGAUUUCCGGCUUCCCCUGAAGUCUGUGAAUCCUCAUCAGUACCAAAAGGCACAAGUACUGGCUGUAAUCCAUGAGACACUUCAACAGAUCUUCAGCCUCUUCAGAGAAAAUAUUUCCCUGGGCGGUGGGGAGCAAAACGACUUGGAGAAAUUCCUUAUUGAACUUCAUCAAGAGCUGCUGUACCUAGAAGGAUUCAUGGAACUGGAAGCGAAGCAGGAAAGUGGAGCCUUGGGUAGUGAGAUCCUUAGGUUACAGAUUAAAACAUAUUUCCUAAGGAUCCGUGACUACCUGGAAGCCCAGGACUACAGUAGCUGUGCCUGGAUCAUUGUCCAGGUGGAAAUCAACCGAUGUCUCUUCUUUGUGGUCAGACUCACAGAAAUGCUGAACAAAAAGAGCUAGAUCCUUGAACUGUGUGCAGCAAAAGCUGACUACAGUCCUGAAAAUCAUGGGGUACGUGGAGGAGCAAGGGACUUCUCUAGAUGUAAUUAUUUCUCUUUAUCAUAAAAUGAUAGCACUGUCUUGGAGUUUUGUGUAUAUAAAUAUGUGUUUCUGUAUACAAAAAUGCAUAUAUUUACCUAUGUUUUAAGGCUUCAUAUUGUCUUGAUUUUGUA